CUGAAUUUAAUUCUAAUCAAUUUUGUUGUACAUUAAGAUCUAACUAUUAAAAGUAUUAAAGAUGUGUUCAUUACUUGAAAAUGGCAUCCUUCUUGAUAUCAGUGAGCAAGCUCCUUCACCAAGUAAAGAUUAUAUCAAUAUGAGAGUGACAUUAAAAGAUAUUCAGUGGAGAACUUGGAAAAUUAGUCCCCAGUGCCUGAAACCAGAUGUCCUUGUCACACCAAAUGAAGCUAUUUUUCCUCUUGAGGAUUUGGUGCAUGAUCUGGAUUUGCAAAGUGAGAUAAAAAGAAUAUUUGGUAAAAACACGCUUGAGUAUGUUAAAAACUUAUGCGAAGGAAAGUACAACUUCUUGGAUAGACUGAAGAAAUCAUUGCAAAUCUACAUUAUAUCGUUCUUGGAGUUGGAAGAUGUUGCAAAGCUAUCUCAAGUCAACAGACAUUUCCAUGAGCUUUGUGAAUGUGAUCAACUGUGGGAACACAUUGUUGAUAGAUGUUGUGAUACUGUGACUCCCGACAUGAAAUUAUAUGCACAGGAAGUUGGAUAUAAACAGAUGUUUUUCACAAACAAAUUGCAGCUUCAGAUGCAAAUGCGUCGCCGCAAACAAGAAUGUGAUGCUUAAGUUGUACGCAGAUGCCAGCAGCAUGACAUAGUAUAUAUAUUAUACAUACCCCUGAUUUUAUGUGUGUUACGGUAACUAUAAAUAGCUUUGCUUGUGUUAUAAACAAAUGAUAGUAUGAAACUUCAUACUUCAAGUGUCAUUAGUUAAAUCUUAUCACAACCAGUUUUGUUCGAAUGACCUUCAGAUUUUUAUGUGUGUAAAUAAAUUACCUAAAGAUAUUUCAAAUAAUUGGGAGUGGCUCUGAUUUUGUAACUUUAAAAUAGAAGUUUUGCAGUUGAUUUCAUAUAUGUACUCACUGUGGUCACAUUCAUUCAAGUACAAUAAUUCAUACGAGCUUCUUUCAUUACAUUUUCUGUUUAAAUCUUCAUUCCUAGUGACAAAAUUGAUAGAGCUAAUCUAUGAUAUGGCGAUCCCAAUUGCUAUCCAGAUUUCAAAAUAUAUUGAAAAUUUUGUUUCAUGUGACUGUUGAUUUGUUUUUGCUUGGUUAUUAUUCAGCCAUUUUGCUUUUGAUAAAACAUGAUUGUGAGAUGUAUAUUGCUCUCAUUUUAUUGCAUAUUAUAUUUUGGUACUAAUGAUAUAGAAAAAUGUGAAAUG